CCCCGUUUUCUGCUCUUCUCCUCAUAGCCGUCCAUAUGUCUCUCCCGAACCAUUCCCUCUCCGACGCCAACGGCCAAUCCGGCCGUGGAGACGACGACGGUUAUGGCGGAGAUCCCGACCGCAGCGGGCCCGGCGAGCCCGCCAACGAGUCCAGCAGCGACGGCAGCUCCUGCGAUUCCAGCAACGACGACAGCUCCUGCGGUUCCAGCUACGACGACAGCUCCUGCGGUUCCAGCUGCGACGACAGCUCCUGCGGUUCCAGCUGCGACAGCAGCUCCUGCGACUCCAGCUGCGACGGCGGUUCCAGCUGCAACGGCAGCCUGGGCGGCUCGAGCUACCAGAGUACCCUCACCGACUUCAGCUACCAGAGUACCCUCACCGACUUCAGCUACCAGAGUACCCUCACCGACUUCAGCUACCAGAGUACCCUCACCGACUUCAGCUACCACAGCAUCCCCAGCUGUUACACCUGCCCCGGCAGCCCCGGCGGGCACAGCAGUAACCACAACGACUACAACGGCCACCUCAGCAACGGCACCAAUGGCAGCUACCCCGUCCACAGCGACCUCGAAGACCACGACAACUGCAGCAAUGGCAGCCAAGACCAGGGGCUGAAAGACAUUCACAUCGACGAGGAGGUGAAGCUCGCCAUCAGCAUGGCCCUGGAACGCUUCCUCCAGGGACACCAGAAAGAAAUGGAAUUUCCAUCUUCUUUUACUAGUUCCCAAAGAACAUUUGUUCAUCAGCUGAGUCGAUCUUUUGGAUUUAUCUCUAAAAGUAAAGGAAAAGGAGCAAGUAGAUUUGUAACUGUGAAGAAGAAAGAUGGAUCAGAGUUGGCGCCUAAAUUGAUGACCUGUAAUUUGACCUCCAGCUCAAUACUUACCAUUAAGAGCCUAAUUCAGAGAUUUCCUGUCACCAAUAAAGAACGUUCGGAUCUUUUACCAAAAUCAGAACGGGGAAAUAUUUUCACAAUUGAAACUGAAAACCGAGAAAUGAGUAAGACAAGUGGACGACUCAACACUGGCAUUCCUCAGGUUCCGGGAAAGAGAGAAGAAUCAGAAUUUGAUUCUUUUAGGUAUUCUCUACCAGUGUUUGAGAAGCAGCAAGAAAUUGUCCAGAUGAUUAGAGACAAUAGAGUGACUUUGAUUGUGGGAGAAACCGGCUCAGGGAAGACUACACAGAUUCCCCAGUUUCUUUUAGAUGAUUGUUACACACAGAAAGUACCCUGUCGGAUAUUCUGUACCCAGCCAAGACGUUUGACAGCUAUUGCUGUUGCUGAAAGAGUUGCUGCAGAGAGACGAGAAAAGAUUGGUCAGACAGUUGGCUAUCAGAUCCGAUUAGAAAGCAGGGUUUCUCCGAAGACACUUCUAACAUUUUGUACUAAUGGGGUAUUACUUCGCACAUUGAUGUCAGGAGAUACCACGUUAUCGACUGUGACUCAUAUUAUUGUGGAUGAAGUACAUGAAAGGGAUCGAUUUAGUGAUUUUUUGCUGAUAAAGUUGAAAGAAGUACUGCUGAAGUGUGCCAAUUUGAAAUUAGUCCUUUCCAGUGCUGCAUUGGAUGUGAACCUCUUUAUAAAAUAUUUUGGAAGUUGCCCAGUGUUACACAUACCUGGAAAACCAUUUGAAGUAAAAGAGUUCUUUCUUGAAGACGUACUGAUUAGCACAGGGUAUAAAAACAACGACAUGCUAAACUACACAAAAGAAAAACAACGAGAAGAGAAACAGCAAGCCGUGCUUUCAGAAUGGCUCUCAGCUAGGGUGACUGCUAAUCCUGAAUCUCUGAGAAAGAGAGGCACUUCAGAUGUGACUGAGGAAUGUGAGCAUUUUGAUGAAGACGAUGAUGAUGAUGAAGUCAUUAUUAGCCAAGUGGUUGAAAAAGAUGCCACUUGUCUUGAUCCGUGGUUAAUAAAGGAAAUGGAUGACUGCCUUUCUGACAUAUGGCUGAAUAAAGACAUGAGUGCUUUUGCUCGUGUGUUUCACCUUAUUUUAACUGAAAAUGUUAGCGUGGAUUACAGACACAGCGGUUCUAGUGUGACAGCACUAAUGAUUGCUGCUGGAAGAGGUUUCGUGAGUCAACUAGAGCAGUUAAUCAGUAUGGGAGCCAACAUCCAUAACAAAGCAGCAAAUGGCUGGAUGGCUGUAGAUUGGGCUAAACACUUUGGACAUGCUGAAAUUGUGGACUUCCUGGAAUCUUACAGUGUCUCAUUAGGGUUUGGAAAUCUAGAUGAACAUUCUCUGGUCCUGAAAAAUGGAAGUGACCUCAAGGUAGAGGAGAGAGACAUACUGAAAUCAUAUCAUCACAGUGUUGAUGAUGAAAAAGUUGACUUGGAUUUGAUUAUGCACCUUCUUUUCAAUAUCUGCCGUAGCGGUGAUACUGGAGCAGUCUUAAUUUUCCUUCCUGCAUAUGAGGAGAUUGUCAAACUGAAGGAUCGUAUUCUUUUUGAUGACAAGCGGUUUGCUGAUUAUUCCCACAGAUUCCACAUUUUAAUGCUUCAUUCAAAUAUGCAAGCAACUGAUCAAAAGAGGGUGCUAAAAUCGCCAUCCACAGGUGUCCGCAAAAUAAUUCUGUCAACCAAUAUAGCAGAAACGAGCAUCACGAUCAAUGAUGUUGCCUUUGUUAUUGAUUCCGGCAAGAUGAAAGAGAAGUCCUAUGAUGCCAUGAAUUGUGUGACCAUAUUAAAAAUGGUGUGGAUUUCAAAAGCUAGUGCUCUCCAGCGGAAAGGCAGGGCGGGGCGCUCCAGGCCUGGAAUCUGUUUCCGUCUGUACAGCAGACUCCGAUAUCAAAGUAUGUCAGAUUUUCAGACACCAGAACUACUGAGAAUGCCAGUGCAGGAGCUUUGUUUGCACACCAAAUUAUUAGCGCCUAUUAAUUGCUCUAUUGCCGAGUUUUUGAUGAAUGCACCAGAUUCUCCAUCAACAUUAAUGAUUAAAAAUGCGGUGCAGGUUCUUAUGGCAAUCGAUGCCAUGGAUAACUGGGAAGAUCUCACUGAACUUGGAUGCCAUCUAGCUGAUUUGCCAGUAGAACCCCGCCUGGGUAAAAUGGUGUUGUGUUCAAUUGUUUUGAAGUGCCUGGAUCCCAUCCUUACCAUCGCCUGCACUCUUGCAUACCGUGAUCCUUUUCUGCUUCCCAACAAGGCCUCUCAAAGGCGGGCAGCCAUGCUAUCUAGGAAGCAUUUCAGUGCGGAAGCGUUUAGCGACCAUAUGGUCCUACUCAGGGCUUUCCAGGCAUGGCAGAAAUCCCGAGCUGAUGGUUGGGAGAGAGCCUUCUGUGCAAAGCAUUUUCUUUCCCAAGCUGCAUUGGAAAUCAUCAUUGGCAUGAGAACCCAGUUGCUUGGUCAACUCCGAGCCUCAGGUUUUGUUAGAGCACGAGGUUUAGGGGACAUUCGCGAUGUUAAUACGAACUCUGAAAACUGGGCAGUAGUAAAAGCUGCACUGGUGACAGGCAUGUAUCCUAAUGUAGUGCAUGUGGAUAAAACAUGCAUGGAAUUGAUAGGAGCCAAGGAGAAAAAAUUCCGAUUUCAUCCAAAUUCAGUUCUCAGCCAAGCCCAAUAUAAAAAGAUUCCUCCAGCCAAUGGGCAUGUAGUAUCUGUUCAAGCACUCCCUACAGAUUGGCUUAUUUUUGAUGAAGUGACCAGAGCGUGCAAAAUAGCCAGCAUCAGCUGCUGUACUGCUGUGACCCCCAUCACUAUUACAUUAUUCAGUGGACCAAUGAGGUUGGCAAGUAAUGCGCUCCAGGAACCUCUACCUUUUGCAGUAGGUACUUUAUCUAAUGACAACAGCAGCGAUAGUGAAUCGGAGGAUAGAUCUACUGCUGCCUUGGCUUCGUUGAGACUAGAUGAAUGGCUAAAUUUCAAGAUGGAUCCUGAGGUGGCCAAUCUGCUGCUGCAGCUCCGACAGAAAUGGCAGAGUUUGUUUUUGCGCCGAAUUCGAGUCCCUGCUAAACCUUGGUCCCAAAUUGAUGAACUAACUCUCAAAGCCAUCAUUGCUGUUAUAACCACAGAAGAACAGGCUGCAGGUUUACAGCAGCCCAUAGGGAUUGGCCAAAGACCCAGGCCUAUAUCUUCUGAUGAUUUGCCUAUGACAUUGUGGCAGUCAAAUAAUUACAACCUGAAUUCAGGAGAUGAAUUCUCUGAUGAGUCUUCUCCUCCAGAAAGUCUCACCCUGAAUCACAAACAAAGCAGUGAUGACCAGUCAGAUCAUUGUUUUCAGAAACCUACGAACACCUGCAGUUUCCUGAGUCCUUUCGGUAGUCCUCCAUCAACCAAUAUGGUCUCAGUGUCUGCUUCGGCACAAUCAAAAUUGCCAGUUCGGUACUUCAUAAUGAAGAGUAACAACUCGAGAAACCUUAAGAUUUCUCAGCAGAAGGGUGUCUGGUCUACAACCCCUGUUAAUGAGGGAAAAUUAAAUGAAGCUUUUUUUGAUAGCUCUGCUGUUUUCUUGGUGUAUUCUGUUCAAGGAUCCGGACAUUUCCAGGGAUUUUCUAGAAUGACUUCUGAGAUAGGACAGGAGAAGAGUGAAGACUGUGGUUUACCAGAUCUGGGAGGGAUGUUCACAGUGGAUUGGAUUCGGAAAGAGAAGCUUCCUUUUCAGCAGACAAGCCAUUUAGUCAAUCCUUGGAAUGAGAAUAAAAACGUACAAAUCAGCCAUGAUGGGCAGGAGUUAGAACCCCAGGUUGGAGAGCAGUUGCUAAAGUUAUGGGACCAUAUUCCCGUUGAAGAGGAAAAAUAACUGAAACAGUAGCAUAUUUGAGCUUUGGAUGGUGAUAAAUGCCACCUCUUAUUUGUGACUACUGGAUGCACUGAAUAUUAAAAAAAAAAACCUAGUCAGAAAUAUCCACGUUGAAAAUUUCCAACAUCCCUUUAGAGCCACCUUUGUCAUCCAGAAGACAGUUGGAUCAGUUUAUUGUUCCUGGUUAGGAGAAUGAAUAAUAAUGUGCAUUUUUUUCAUUUUGUACUGUUUAAUUUUUUUACUUUAAGCACUUGAAGAUUGAAGGUAUAAGCUGUUUGCUUAAGGCAUUUGGCACAAACAGUUUUUGGUGAUGAUCUCUCAGAGAAAAAGUAAAUUAUCUUCUUUGGACCUGACCCAGUUUGGGUGUAAAUAGAAGUAUACUUUAAAACUCAUCAGUUCUUAGGCCUACUCACAGAAUCACUCUGUAAGAACUGAUAAUUUCAGCAUGUCACUGCUGAAGGUGUUCUUUGUUAGUUGGCCACAAGUGAUGUCCUCCCAAGCCUAUGGUUGUUUCAGGAGGUUCAGAUUGAGUGUUUAAGCAAAGAAAAAACUUGAAUAAAGCUAGAUGCUCUUCCUGGUCCAAUCAAUGAGACCAGAUACAGUUCUCCACUGCACUUCCCUCCCAUUGUUCUGGGGGCUGGGUCUUCUUUAAGCCUUUAAUAAUAAUUGUGGUGAUGUUUAUGAUUCUUUUCAUGUGACUACUGCUAUUAGGACAUCUUUGCAGCCUCCAUGACAUAUUUUGGAUGUGUGAACUGUGUCUCUCCCGAGUUGCAGCUAAGGGCAUUCCAUAUGCACUUCAUUGGAGUGGAUCAGAGUUGCUUACUUUGUGUUCCAGACCUCUACCCAUCACGAGCCAUAUUUUGGCAUCUUUUUCUGUUUUUUCCUCAAUUCCCCUAAGGAGUUAAGAAAAUAAUCAUUCAGUUUUGUAUUGGUCAUCUCUUUGGGUGACCUUUAAAAAAAAAAAACCCAAAAUUAAGCAAGUCUCCAUGUUGACAUAUGGUCUCUGAACAUGGUCUGGUUGAAUGCUUCAGAACUGAUUGGCUUUUCCCAAGUUCACAUGAUCCUUUCAUAUUGGUGGUUAGGACCACCCGAGACUUUGCAUUCAGCCAGUCACAUAUGUUCUUUCAGACUAGCUGAUUUAAGAUGGAAGCCUAUCUUUUGAAAGGACAAAAAUGCAGUGGUAGAGGUUUUGGAAAGAUGGAGUUGCCUGGGAGUUCACUGACAGAAUACUUAUGGGUUAUUGUUUGUAAAUAAGCUACAAGAUGACUUCAACUUCGAGAGGUGAAAAGGGAUAAGUUUAGUAAACCCCUAGGGGAGACUCUUCCAAUUUUUCUUUUGAGAAUUUUAUAUACUAGUUUGGGGACACUUGCCUCGGUACUGUAUUCCAGUUCCUGAAUUUAUGCCUAUAUACAUAUUUACAGUGUGUAGAUUUUCCCAACAUCCUUCUUGGCAUACUUGGACUUUCAGACCGCAAGCAAUUACAUUCCACAGCAAUGGCAUUGUUUUGUUUGUUAAUUACAUUGGAUGCUAAAUU